AUGGUAAAUCCACUCUGGCGGACAGGUACAAUUGAAAAGAAGCAGAAGGGUGCAAAUCAGCAGGUUCUCGACAAGCUGAAGGUGGAGCGAGAACGAGGCAUCACAGUGAAGGCCCAGACCGCUAGCAUGACGCUAAAAAAUGCCGGGCACCAAUACCUGCUUAACCUGAUUGACACUCCCGGACAUGUCGACUUUGCGUGGGAGGUAUCUCGCUCUCUAGCCGCCUGUCAGGGUGCUUUGCUGCUCGUAGACGCAACACAAGGCAUCCAGGCGCAGUCCAUAUCUGUUUUUCAUGUCGCACGAGACCGGGGUCUCAAAAUUAUCCCUGUUCUCAAUAAGAUUGACCUUCCUGCAGCACAGCCGGAGAUCAUUGCUGCCCAGAUGGAGUCAACCUUUGGCAUAGAUCCUGCUGAAUGUAUCCCCAUAUCUGCUAAGACAGGAAAGGGUGUGGAAGCUGUACUGCAAGCGAUCAUAGACCGAAUACCGCCGCCCACAGGAGAAUUUUCUGCCCCACUGAAGGCCUUCCUAUUUGAUUCCUCAUAUGACCGCUAUCGUGGCGUCAUCUCGUUGGUUAACAUACAGAGCGGCAUAUUGCGCAAAGGGGAUAAAAUCGCGUCUUGCCAUACGCGUAAAAAGUACGAAGUUGUAGAUUUGGGUAUUAUGCAUCCGGAGGAAAUCCCGACAGCGAGUUUGCGCCCAGGCCAGGUUGGUUACGUCGCUUGCAACAUGAAGGAAUCCUCUGAAGCACACAUCGGGGACACCUUGCACCGUGUGGGAGAGCCCGUGGAGCCGAUGCCUGGGUUCAAGCCCGCGAAGGCCAUGGUGUACGCGGGCAUAUACCCGAUAGACAGCAACGACUUCCCGAAGCUGGAGGAAUCAAUCAAGAGGCUAACGCUUACAGACCGUAGUGUGGAGGUAACUCGGGAAUCGUCGACGGCGCUCGGCCAAGGCUGCCGGCUGGGAUUCCUCGGCACGCUACAUAUGGAUGUUUUCCGUCAGCGGCUCGAGGACGAGUAUGAUGCAAAUAUCAUCAUCACGGCGCCCACCGUCCCAUACAAAGUUGUCUACUGGGACCGAACCGUAACAGUCAGUAACCCGACUGAUUUUCCGGACGUUACCGAUGUCGCCGCCAGAGUAAGGGAGAUCCAGGAACCCAUCGUCAAAGCGUCCAUCAUCUCCCCGCAAGAAUAUCUCGGGGACAUGAUGGACCUCUGCUACCAGCACCGCGCGGAGAACCUCGACGUGAAAUACCUGGAUGUGUCCGGGAUGGCAUCGUCGCGCGCGAUACUGACGUGUACGAUCCCGCUUACAGAGAUUGUGUCGGACUUCUUUGACAGGCUCAAGAGCCGUAGCUCGGGAUUUGCCAGCUUUGACUACGAGGAUGCGGGGUACCAGCGGAGUAAUAUGGUCAAGAUGGUGUUCCUGUUGAACAACAAGCCCGUUGAUGCCCUAGCCCUGAUCGUACACCGCACCGUGGAACAAGAAGUUGGGAGAGCGUGGGUGAAAAAAUUGCACAAGGUGAUACCGCGGCAAUUGUUCGAGGUGCCUAUCCAGGCGGCCGUCGGGAGACGGAUUGUUGCGCGCGAGACGCUGUCGGCGCUCCGCGCUGACGUGACGGCAGGGCUUUACGGGGGACAUUACGAGCGGAAGUUAAAGCACCUCGUGAACCAGAAGGAGGGCAAGAAGCGGAUGAAGCGGAUCGGAAGCGUGGAACUACCGCAGGAGGCGUUCUUUGAUAUACUCAGGACUAAAACCUAG